CGAGGGCCGCCCGGAGCGCGGCCCGGGCCGGCGCGGCGAUGAUGAACAGGUUCCGAAAGUGGCUGUACAAACCCAAGAGGUCAGACCCACAGCUGCUGGCCCAGUUCUACUAUGCUGAUGAGGAGCUGAACCAGGUGGCCGCAGAGCUGGACAGCCUGGAUGGGCGGAAGGAGCCCCAGCGGUGCACCCUGCUUGUCAGCCAGUUCCGCUCCUGCCAGGACAAUGUGUUAAACAUCAUUAAUCAGAUCAUGGAGGAAUGCAUCCCUCAGGACCGUGCCCCCCGGGAUUUCUGCGUCAAGUUCCCUGAGGAGAUCCGGCACGACAACUUGGCUGGCCAGCUGUGGUUCGGGGCUGAGUGCCUGGCAGCUGGUUCCAUCAUCAUGAACCGUGAGCUCGAGAGCAUGGCUAUGAGGCCGCUGGCCAAGGAGCUGACACGCAGCCUGGAGGAUGUGCGGGGCACUCUCCGUGACCAGGCACUGCGAGACCUCAACACUUACACGGAGAAGAUGAGGGAGGCCCUGAGGCACUUUGAUGUUCUCUUUGCUGAGUUCGAGCUGAGCUAUGUCUCAGCCAUGGUGCCAGUGAAGUCCCCCAGGGAGUACUAUGUACAACAGGAGGUCAUCGUGCUGUUCUGUGAGACAGUGGAGAGAGCCUUGGACUUUGGAUAUCUGACCCAGGACAUGAUUGAUGACUAUGAACCUGCCCUCAUGUUCACCAUUCCUCGGCUGGCCAUUGUGUGUGGCCUUGUGGUCUACGCAGAUGGACCUCUGAACUUGGACCGAAAGGUGGAGGACAUGUCUGAGCUGUUCCGGCCAUUCCACACGUUGCUGCGGAAAAUAAGGGAUCUGCUGCAGGCACUGACUGAGGAGGAGCUGCACACACUGGAGCGGAGCCUCUGCGUUUCUCAGGAUGUGGAGCUCCCCAUCCAGGCAGACACCCAGGCACCCAGUGCCCUGGCACCUACCUUUUCUGCAUCCCUUCCCCCCGAGGAGCCACUUUCAGCCAGUGCCAACAACCCGGAGGCAGAACUGGCCUGCUCCAUGCAGUAUGAUGACCAGGAGCUGGAAGAGCUCAGCCGCAUGGUCCACAGGGCCGGGGACGAGAUGUCCUCUCUGCUCUCGCCGCCCAGUGCCUGCCAGUCCCCAGCACACAGGCCGGGCUCACAGGCCAGCCCUCGAGGGGAGGCCUCUCCAGCCAGAGGCCAGCUGAAAUCAGGCAGCUACGAGGAGGAAAGGGUAUUCUUCAUGGACGAUGUGGAGGUGACAGAGGCCCCUGCCAGGCCUGAGUCCCCAGGGCACACAUUUGAGUUGACAGGUAGCAGAGAGGGUCAUGCUCGGCAGAGAGAACAGGAUGGCCAGAGUGGAGAGGUGGGGGUCGGGGCACUUGCCCUCGUGAAGGAGGAAGACCGGAGCAACAACAACAUCGAGGAUGACAAGAUGAAGCUCGCCAGCCUUGUGGGCUCCACUUCCUGCAGCUGCCUCGAGUCCCAGCUAUACCUGGAUGGCUGGGAGGUGAGUGCAGAUGACGCGGAGACGGCUGAGAUGAUUGCACACCGGACCGGGGGCAUGAAACUUUCGGCCACAGUCAUCUUCAAUCCCAAGUCUCCCACCUCCUUGGACUCUGCUGAGGCAACCCAAGAAGCCUCAGGCCAUGAUAUCUCCCCGUUGGAGCCCAGGGUAGAGGGGACAGGGGACAAUCCACACAAACUCGGUACUGCGGCCACCAACUGCCUCCUCCACUCCUGUGUGUGCUGUGGGAGCUGUGGGGACAGCAGGGAGGAUGCGGUGGAGCGCCUACGGGACAAGUGUGGCCCAGGGAGUGUCAUCAGUGCCUCUAAUCCUUCUGUAAGUUUAGCCAAAGCCGGUGAUAAAGAGCCUGAAAGACUACAUGAGGCCUGGCCUUCUCCCGAUGUCACCCUGCCUCCAGAAGAUGCCUCCAACAGGCAGGAGCCCAAAGCCCCUGCUUCCAAAAAGUGCCUGGCACAUACCUCAGAGCCUCAGGUGGACACAGAAAACAGGUUGCAAGGAGAGGGUGAGGUCAAAGGCCACUCAGAGCCGGAGGCCAGAAAGCAGGACCCUGCAAAGUCCCCUGUGGUCAGAGGGGACAGUCCAAGAGGAGAGAUGGCCCAGACAGAACCCCAGCACCUGUCGGGCUCCAGCUCCACAGCUGGUUCCUGCUCCUUAGACAACACCAGGCUGGAGGUGGCCCCUGCAACCAUGCCUGUCACCCCCAUGGCCACCAGAGAGAAGAUCCGGUCCAGGUUCCAUGGCAGCCAUGACCUGAUCCAUCGCCUGUUUGUCUGCAUCUCAGGUGUAGCUGACCAGCUGCAGACCAACUAUGCCAGCGACCUGAGAAGUAUUCUCAAAACCCUGUUUGAGGUCAUGGCCACCAAGCCAGAAACGGACGACAAGGAGAAACUAAAGAAGGUAACCCAGACCCUGAGGAGCGCGGCCUUGGAGGACUGUGCGUUGUGCCAGGAGACGGUGUCGUCCUCAGAACUGGCGGCCAAGACCCGGGAUGGGGACUUUGAAGACCCUCCUGAGUGGGUGCCAGAUGAGGCCUGUGGCUUCUGCACCUCCUGUAAAGCCCCGUUCACAGUCAUCCGCAGGAAGCAUCACUGCCGCAGCUGUGGGAAGAUCUUCUGUUCCCGUUGCUCAUCACACUCUGCACCACUUCCGCGCUAUGGACAGGUGAAGCCCGUCCGUGUGUGCACACACUGCUACAUGUUCCAUGUUACACCCUUUUACAGUGACAAGACGGGCAUGUGACGCUGUGCCUGGCAUGUCCCAGCCGAGCAGGCUGGAGAGUCUAGGACAGAGGCACCGUGUCUGCCUUGAGUCUUAUCUAUCCAGGGUCUCCAGGAAGGAGGUGCUGUGCCUGCUAUGUGCCCUGUCCAGGCUAUGCUGCAAGAGGGCCUCAUUGCAUCCUGUCAAGCCACAGCUGCUGCAAGCCUGCCCAGGCUUUAGAUGUCCAGAGCCUCUGUCUGCUCUCCCUGGCCUCCCAGCUAUGGAGACACCAAUCCUGGCAUGCAGCCAAUGAGAGGUCCGCUUUAUUCAGAGGAGGGAUCCAGGGAUGAUGCUCACUCAGUUGCUGUUCCCAGGUCAGGUUACCUAGCCAGGCAGGGUUGAACUCUCCUCUCUUGCCCAUUGAGCUUUGUCCCAGCUGUGCAUACAAAGGCAGGAGAGGGCCAAUUCUGUGUGUUCUCUUCUGUAGCCAAGAAUCUGGAAGCAGAGGCUAGGGGGCACUAGGCCCCAACAUCACAGCAGGACUCCCUGCUGUUUACCACCCACCUUGUUCCC